AUGAGUUCCGUUCAGCUUGACGAAAGCGUUUUGAAUGCCCUGAAAGAGUUUUGCAAGAAUGAACAAGAAUUGUUGGGGGCAGCUAUUUUUGAUUCAACCGGAGCAUUGAUUGCGAGCGAAUAUAAACAAACAAUACCUCCAGAACAGUUAAAAGCUUUUGCAAACAUUUUCAUUUCAGAAGACGAUGCCUUCUCGAGUGGCCUUCUCCUCUUUGACACUUUAUUUGACGUUCAUCGAUUCUAUCCCAACGAAAAACCAUCACUUGUAUAUGGAAGAAGAAACGGAGAUAAAUCCGAUUCGGAAGGCAUUGGAGUGUUACGUGUAUUGGAUUCUGACGCAUUGUGUGGACAAACUCUCUUUUUGGUGACUACCUUCAAGUUACCUUGCCUUACAACAAGAGCUAUUACUCAUCUCAGAGAUUAUGCAAGAAAAUACCUAAUGAAGUCGUUCAAAUAA